AUUUUUUGUCUUUGGAAUUGAACCCGAACCCAACCAAAUCAAAUUUCAUUAUUCAGAAAAACUUAAUAAGUGAACAAGUAAAAGUCAAAACAAAAAAAUAUUUUUGGAACUGAACAGAACAUAGUUUUAUUUCUUUCGAUUACUUUAGAAUCAUUUAAUAUUCAAAAUAAAACACAAAUUCAAUAUAAUUACAUCGAAAAUAAUCUAGCAAAAAUGUCAAGUGCUGCAUUCCAAACCUUUGAGCGAUUUUCGCAAAGUUUAGGACAAAAAUUUGAGCCUGAAGUUCGUCAUCACUUGAUGCGAGUUUAUUUAUGCCUUGGUGCAACAACAGCUGCAUCUGCUGCCGGUGCUGUACUAUUUCUAACCGGAAUUCUUGACACUGGUAUCUUGGGUGCCUUGGCCUCAAUUGUCUUGGUUUUGUCUCUUCAUUUCGUAAAAGACAAUGGAAAGAAUUUCUAUCCACGUUUGGCAAUGCUUCUCGGUUUUGGACUUUGUUCAGGACAAGCUCUUGGACCCUUGCUGGAAUAUGUUGUACACUUGAAUCCCGCCAUUAUUGUGUCAGCACUUAGUGGUACAGUUAUAACCUUUUUAACACUGUCCUUAGCUGCACUCUUGGCUGAACAGGGAAAAUAUAUUUUCCUUGGUGGUUUGCUUGUCAGUGUUCUAAAUACAAUGGCUUUGAUGAGCAUUCUGAAUAUUUUCAUGAGGUCAUACAUAGUGUCACAAUUCCACCUCUACGUCGGACUUUUUGCGAUGGCUGCAUUUGUUCUCUUCGACACACAAAUGAUCAUCGAAAAAUGCCGUAUGGGCAAUAAGGACUGCAUUCAACACUCGCUUGAUCUGUUCUUCGAUUUGAUCAGUAUGUUCAGGAAACUAUUGAUUAUUCUCACACAAAAGGAAGAAAGACAAAGGCAAAACAAGAGACGAGACUAAAUAAAAAUCAGUUGACUGUUAUUAAAACAACCAAAUUUUCUUUUCGUUUAUUAUAAAAAUUUGGAUAAUUAUUAACCACUUUUGGAAUAAGUUAUAGGUUUACCUUUCAAUUUUUUGUUUGUUUACUAAAGGCAAAGCAUCUUUAUGCAACAAAUUUGGUUCAUUUGAUGUUGUGUAUAAUAUUAUAAUCAUAAAACAAACAAAACAUUACUUAUACUAAAAUUAAAGAAAAACUUUAAAAAAUAGUACAAA